CGCCCGCGCGUGGGCCCCGCCCCCUUAUGUCGGGUAUAAAGCCCCUCCCGCUCACAGUUUCUCCAGUCCUCGAAGGCUCCGAAGUCUGUCACCAUGUCGUGCGAGUCGUCUAUGGUUCUCGGGUACUGGGAUAUUCGUGGGCUGGCGCACGCCAUCCGCCUGCUCCUGGAGUUCACGGAUACCUCCUAUGAGGAGAAACGGUACACGUGCGGGGAAGCUCCUGACUAUGAUCGAAGCCAAUGGCUGGAUGUGAAAUUCAAACUAGACCUGGACUUUCCUAAUCUGCCCUACCUCCUGGAUGGGAAGAACAAGAUCACCCAGAGCAAUGCCAUCUUGCGCUACAUCGCUCGCAAGCACAACAUGUGUGGUGAGACUGAAGAAGAAAAGAUUCGAGUGGACAUCAUAGAGAACCAAGUAAUGGAUUUCCGCACACAACUGAUAAGGCUCUGUUACAGCUCCGACCACGAAAAACUGAAGCCUCAGUACUUGGAAGAGCUACCUGGACAACUGAAACAAUUCUCCAUGUUUCUGGGGAAAUUCUCAUGGUUUGCCGGGGAAAAGCUCACCUUUGUGGAUUUUCUCACCUAUGAUAUCUUGGAUCAGAACCGUAUAUUUGACCCCAAGUGCCUGGAUGAGUUCCCAAACCUGAAGGCUUUCAUGUGCCGUUUUGAGGCUUUGGAGAAAAUCGCUGCCUACAUACAGUCUGAUCAGUUCUUCAAGAUGCCCAUCAACAACAAGAUGGCCCAGUGGGGCAACAAGCCUGUAUGCUGAGCAGGAGGCAGACUUGCAGAGCUUGUUUUGUUUCAUCCUGUCCCUAAGGGGUCAGCACUCUUUCUUUGCUCUUUUCAAUAAAUAGCACUUACGUUA